CUCCGGCAGCUGUGGUGGAGACGCCUCCGCCUCCCAAACACCCGAAUCAAACUAACAGCCACCGAUGGCGUCGCCAUCGCGGUUGCUCCCGCCCACGCCUCCUUCGGCCGCCCAGCCCCGCGGCCCGCGGGAUCGCCUCGCCUUGCCGCGCCUCCGGUGCCUCGCCGCCGCCGCAGCCUCCGCCUCGCCCACUGAUGGCGCUGUGCUGCUGGAGCGUGGCGGUUCCGCGGCGGUGGCCGUGCGGGAGUUCGUCACGCUUGACGAGCUCCGCGCUGCCGUGCGCCUCCGCGUCCGCACCUUCCACGAGUACGCAGACGACUCCGUCGGAACCGAGGAUCACAGAAAGGCUCUUGCAGAUAGGGAGUUUGAAGCAUUACAGGAUAGGAUUUCUGGGAAGAUGAUAAAUUUUCGAAGAGUUUCUUGCAUAAACGGGACUGUUCCACUGUCCCCAUCAUUAAUGUCAGCUGAGGAACUUUGUUCUAUGUGCAAGUUUGUGGAGGAUGGAAAAGAGAGAUUAGUAGUUGGUAGUUUAGACCUUAAUCAGUGUCUUUGGCUACCAGAUGAAUUGACUGGAAAGAGGCCUGGGGUAAAUGAAGACAUCCAGACAAGAGCAUAUCUAAGCAAUGUCUGUGUUGCCAAGGAGCUUCAGAAAAAAGGCUUAGGCUAUACAUUAGUUGACAAAUCCAAGAAAUUAGCUCUUGAAUGGGGCAUAACAGAUCUGUAUGUUCAUGUCGCCAUCAACAACGUAGCAGGGCAAAAGCUGUACAAGAAGUGUGGAUUUGUUUAUGAAGGCGAAGAACCUGCAUGGAAGGGUAGGUUUCUGGGGAGACCAAGGAGGCUGCUUCUUUGGCUUGAUAUGAGCAAAGUGCUUGUGCGAUCGUGCAUGUAAAUACAUAUUUAGCUAUUUGUAAUCAUAUUAUUGCAAUUGUUGGUUUUAAUAUUCGACCCAAAUCUCCAAUUGAUUGCAGUCUGAAUCAUCCCUCUUUUCUGACCACACCUUUCUCAACGAUGUCCUACAAAAGUUUUUGGAGGCAGAUUAGGAACAAAAUCCUAGAAAUGCUUUAGAUGUUACACAAAGGGCAGUUGGAUUUGGAAAGAAUUGAUUAUGGGGGUGAUUGUGUUGUUGCCAAAAAUUAAAGGGGCAUACCAUGUAAGAGCAACUCAAACAAAGGUGUUGAAUUAUGUCAUAUCUUAAAA